UUCCCUAGUCCUCCAACAUCUCCUUCACUCCAGCAUGGCAUCGAAUGCACAGUCGCUUCUUCAGCGGUUGACAGAUGAUGCCCAGUUCUAUUUCCAUAAAAUGGUUGAGAGAGGCCUUGUUCCUGAAGGCCGUGACAUUCAAUAACCUGUUGGGUUGUCUGGUGAAGUCAGGCUGUUAUGAAAGGUCCUGGAGUUUUUUCCAAGGAGUGAAGGGAAGGGUUAAAACGGAUGUGUACAGUUUUGGGAUAAUGGUGAAAGGUUGUUGCUAGUCUGGUGAUUUGGAUGGAGCUUUUAAGGUUCUGGCUCAGUUGGAGGAGAUGGGUCUAUCUCCAAAUGUUGUUAUAUACACUACUUUGAUUGAUGGUUGCUGUAAGAAGGGUGAUAUCGAAAGGGCCAGAUUGCUGUUCAGUAGAAUGUGGGAGCUGGGUUUGGCUGCUAAUGAGUAUACUUACACUGCUUUGAUUAAUGGACUCUUUAAGAAAGGACUGAGAAGAGAUGGGUUUAAGUUAUACGAGAAGAUGCAGCUGAGUGGAGUAGUUCCUAAUCUCUAUACCUACAAUUGCCUGAUGAACGAAUACUGCAAUGAAAUGAGAAUGUACAGAGCUUCUGCUCUGUUUGAAGAAAUGUGUGAAGGUGGCAUUGUGCCUAAUGUGGUUUCCUACAAUAUUCUAAUUGGUGGCAUGUGUAAAGAUAUGAGGCUCCGGGAAGCAGAGAAGCUGGUCGGUCGAAUGAAAGGAGCAGGCGUCGUUCCAAACUUGAUCACGUAUAACAAUAUCAUAGGUGGGUUUUGUAGCAAGAGAAUGUUUGACAAGGCUUUGAGCUGGUUAGAUGAAAUGCAGUUGAAUGGGCUAUCGCCUUCGUUAGUUACUUACAAUGUUCUCAUUCAGGGGUAUUCUAGUGCUGGUUAUUUAGCUAGAGUGACUGCUUUGGUGAGGGAGAUGGAAGAUAGAGGUUUCACUCCUUCUGCAGUGACAUAUACAAUCUUACUUAAUACUUAUGUGAAGUCUGGGGAUAUGGAGAAAGCUUUUCAACUUUUGUCCUCCAUGAAGAAUGCUGGUUUGGUUCCUGAUGCCUACACUUAUGGAGCAUUGAUAAAUGGGUUCUGCAAAAAUGGGAACAUGAAGGAUGCCGCAAAAGUAUUUAGAUCCAUGAGAGAAAUGCCGCUCGAGCCUAGCGAUUUAAUAUACAACACAAUGAUCAGUGGAUACUGCAACGAAGGUAGCUCCUACAGGGCCUUGAGGUUGCUUGAGGAAAUGGAGGGAAAAGGAUUAGUUCCAAAUGUGGCUAGUUAUAGUUCCACCAUUGCAGUCUUGUGUAAGGAUGGGAAGUGCCAACACGCAGAAGCGAUAUUGAACAGUAUGAUUGGGAAAGGAUUGAAGCCUAACAUCUCCAUCUAUAAUAAGAUCCUCGACGCCAGAUUUGAAGGACUGAAGGAAACUGGGAAAGUGGAGAGAGCCAAUGUCGUGUAGCUUGGUGGAGUGACGAAAACUGAUCUGUUACUCUGAUGUGCAAGCCUAGAUUUGCUCUGGAACAGUUAAGUAAUGCUCAAGCACCAACUUGUUUCUGCUUUCUAUGGAUGUAUAGAACAACCACCUUCCCCUCAAUCAAAUCGUUACGCGUUGAUAUCAACAUUUAGGUGGGAUAUACAGAUGUGGUAUGUACAUUACUGAUAUUGCUGGUUUAUGCUCAAAUGCUACUCAGUACUUUGUUAACAGAUGAAUGUUGAUAGGUCUUACUUGCUGGAAAUGCGAAGAAAGCGUUGGAAAUGCAGCUGAGAGAUCUCGUAUUACUGUGUGUGUUGUUAAUCGCUCUGAUGUCCAUCGAUGGAAAAUUUGAAGGUUGAACAAUGAGGUUAGCCCUACUGACCAGCAGGCUGUCGAUUUACUUAGCAGUGGUUGUGCAUCCAGUCCAGCAUAUUGAAAACAUGUUGUUCCAUUGUUUUCCUGCUGAUGUUGUUGCUCUUUCUGGCUGCCUGACUGUUGCUGCGAGGCAUGCAUGGCGUUUUCUACAUGGGUUAUGAUUCUACUGAUUCUUUUUUGUAAGUUUUAGGGCGGGCAAGCUGCUGCCGACUGCUAGAAGAGCAGGUAUUUCUCAUGCUGAUUGAUAUUCUUCCUCUCAUGACCAAAGGGACCACCUUGUUUUCCUUGUUUGGUUGUACCUCUGCCAGAUUACAAUGUUGAAAUUGUAGCGUUUUUUCUCCAAUGAACACACCACCAUUUUUGUUGAAUUUGUCAGAGUUUGAGAGAUGCUGGUGACUCAGAGGUCCACUACAUGGCUAGACUUUGGUAAUGGAAGAAAAAGAGUGGUCAAGAAGAAUGGAACUGAAUGUGUAUAUAUCCAGGCAGACAUCGUGAGGGAAUCUGUUGCAAAAGACUUUCCCCUAACAAUUAACUUUCUGAUUAAGGGUUGCUUUUGACGUGUAUACUACCGUUUAAUAUGUCUCAAUAUGACUAUAUCUCUGACAUAAAAAAAAAAGU